CCCAACCGAGUCCAUUCACCUCAAACCGACCGAGCCCUUCCUCCCCACCCUCGUAGCCUCACCACCCCUUCCGCGCCGAACACCCCUCGAUCCAGAUCCAGCCGCCCCCUCCACCGCAGCGGCACCCCUCUCCUUCCUCCUCCCGCCGGCGCCCCCGUCGUCCCCCCUUCCCCUAGGCUGCAGGGGAGCGGACCUGAGAUCCGCCGUGCAGGAUUGGGCUGAUCUCGUCUUACGCUGAAUUGUGAAGUAGGCUGAAGGCAUCAGAUAGUUUAGCGUGGAAACAUGACGUCCAAGAAAAUAGAGUUGGACCACAAGGACAUGAUCCAUGAUUCUGCCAUUGACUACUAUGGCAAGCGCCUUGCCACUGCCUCCUCAGAUUCUACUGUGAAGAUUGCCAGCAUUGGUGCUGCAACCGCCCCGUCUCAGAUCCUUGCAACACUCAGUGGCCACUAUGGCCCCGUGUGGCGUGUCGCAUGGGCCCAUCCGAAGUAUGGUACUAUCCUCGCAUCCUGCAGCUAUGAUGGCCGUGUAAUAAUUUGGAAGGAGGAUGCCAGAGGCCAUUGGUCACAAGCCCACGUAUUCGCUGACCACAAGUCGUCUGUCAAUUCCAUUGCUUGGGCUCCAUAUGAGGUUGGCCUUACCCUUGCCUGUGCAUCUUCUGACGGGAGAAUAUCUAUCAUUACUAUGCGAGCUGAUAAGGGUUGGGAUACUUCAACCAUUGAGCGAGCGCACCCUGUCGGUGCGACUGCAGUCUCCUGGGCUCCAGCAACAGCACUUGGUUCACUUGCUGGUUCAGAGCUUGUUUAUAAGCUUGCCUCUGGAGGUUUUGACUCUGUUGUUAAAGUCUGGGGGUUCGUCAAUGGAAGCUGGAAACUGGAGAGCGCUCUUAUUUCUGAGAUGCACACAGAUUGUGUGAGGGAUGUUGCGUGGGCACCAGUUUUGGGCUUGGCGAAGUCGACCAUUGCCAGUGCUUCCCAAGAUGGGAAGGUUGUCAUAUGGACCAGGGGAAAGGAUGGAGAGAAGUGGGAGGGAAAGCUCAUGCGUGACUUUGGGGCCCCUGUUUGGAGGGUGUCCUGGUCCUUGACUGGAAACAUUUUUUCUGUAGCUGCUGGUGAGAACAACAUAACCCUCUGGAAGGAAGGGUCAGAUGGGCAAUGGGAAGAGGUGAUGAAAGUUGAACCCUAGUUUGUUGGACAGUCUCGAGUUUCUUGCAGAUCCAUGUUUCGAUAAGACGAGUUUGCCUUGCUAUUUUUACUACAGCAUCGAUAAACAGUUAAACACUCGAUUCACUUAUUUUUAGUAUUUUCUAUACUCUGGAUGGGCUUGCACUUUAGAAUGCCACAUCUUGAUUCGUGAACCUAUUUGGUUCUGUAUAUCUUCUACUCGUUCCUUUUCUAUGGUUGAACAUCACAGCUGCUACAAUUCUCCAAGUAUUGUUAUGUAUUAGUUGUAAUGUAGCAUUCCUUGAUGCUCUUUA